CACUGACGUGUUAUAUAAAUGAUAACUUCUGUCUUUCAUACAACAGUAGCAGACAGAAUUUCUUGACUGAUACAACCAUCACAUUAUGAUGACCAAAUUUAUUUUUCUAGCUGGUUUUUCCCUGGCAUUGUGUCACUUAGGAUGUGCCUCCGAACUGAUAUGCUACUUCACAAACUGGUCUCAGUACAGACCUGGUGUUGGCAAGUACAUGCCAGAAAAUGUGGAUCCACAUCUGUGCACUCAUUUAAUUUAUGCUUUUUCCGUCAUUAAUUCGACAAAUGAGUUGAUCACUUCUGAAUCUAAUGAUGAAACUCUGUACAAAUCUUUCAAUGGACUAAAGGAAAAAAAUCCCGGCUUGAAGACUCUCUUGGCUGUCGGAGGAUGGAGCUUUGGCUCAGAACAGUUUAGCAUCAUGGUGUCCACAUCAGCAAACAGGCAGACGUUUAUUCAGUCCUCCAUCACAUUUCUGAGGAAACAUGGCUUUGAUGGUCUGGAUCUGGACUGGGAGUAUCCGGGUUCCCGUGGAAGUCCUCCAGAAGACAAGCAGAGGUUCACUCUGCUCUGUAAGGAGCUCUUGGAAGCCUAUGAGGCAGAGAGUGCUGCCACUGAACGUCCCAGACUCAUGGUCACUGCUGCAGUGGCUGCUUUUAAAGGAACCAUUGAUGAUGCUUAUGAAAUUGCAGAAAUUGCCAAGUAUUUGGACUUCAUUAAUGUGAUGACCUAUGACUUCUACGGUUCGUUUGAAAAUUUCACCAGGCACAACAGUCCUCUGUACGCUGGCUCUGGAUACCCAGGAGGCAACAUCUACUAUAACACUGAUUUUGCAAUGAAAUACUGGAGAGAUGAGGGCGCUCCUGUGGAGAAGCUGAGGAUGGGCUUUGCUACAUAUGGAAGAACAUUUCGUCUGUCUUCACUUUCUGGACCCAAUGGACUUGGAGCUCCAGCUAAUGGUUCUGGAUCAGCUGGAAAAUACACCAGAGAGGCCGGAUUCUGGUCCUAUUAUGAGAUCUGUACUUUUCUUCAAGGAACCUCUGUGGAAUGGAUUGAGGAUCAGAAAGUUCCUUAUGCAACAAAAGGAUAUGAAUGGGUGGGAUUCGACAACAAGGAAAGCUUUGAGAUAAAGGUGAACUACCUAAAGGAGGAAAAGUUUGGAGGAGCUUUCGUCUGGGCUCUGGAUCUUGAUGACUUUACAGGACAGUUCUGUGAUCAGGGCAAAUACCCUCUCAUUGGACAUCUCAGCACACUUCUUAAUAGAGAUUUACCACCAGUUUCACCAAAUCCAACACAUGAGCCUGGUAAGACCACAACAGCAUCCAGCGCUGGAUCUUAUGCCACAAGACCUCAUGUUCUAAUCGCAUGCCCCAUAAAAUGCAUUGCCCUGAUGGGACUGUCUUCAAUCCUGGCUGCAUGUGCUGCAACUGGCGUAAAAAUUAACAUGUUUUCUCUGUUCCACUCCUACUAGGGAAAUGUUAAGAACUUUGGCAGGGUUUUG